CGCUCCGUCACGUUGGCAGCACCAUCUCGAUUGUGCGCGUGUUGUAAACAUGGAGAGAGUAGACUCACAUUUAAACAAAAAACUUUUCGUGUUAUUAUUUACAGUUUUAAAUAUCGUGAACGCGAAUUUAGUCCAUAAAAAAUUCGAGUAUAAAUAUUCGUUCAAGCCCCCAUACUUGGCUCAAAAGGACGGUUCGGUGCCGUUUUGGGAAUACGGUGGAAAUGCCAUAGCCAGCGCGGAAAAUGUCCGAAUUGCGCCGAGUCUGCGAAGCCAGAAGGGCGCAAUCUGGACGAAGACCCCCAUAAACUUCGACUGGUGGGAGGUGGACAUCGCCUUCCGUGUAACGGGACGAGGGCGCGUGGGGGCCGACGGUCUCGCAUUUUGGUUCACGCAAAGCAAGGGGGCCUAUGAUGGGGAUGUUUUCGGGUCGUCGGACAUGUGGGUCGGGAUGGGGCUCUUCUUCGACUCGUUCGACAACGACGGCAAACACAACAACCCUUACAUCAUGGCUGUGUUGAACGACGGGACCAAGCAAUUCGCCCAUCAACUAGAUGGGAGCAAUCAACUUUUGUCCGGCUGCUUGAGAGAUUUUCGUAACAAACCCUUCCCCACAAGGGCUAAGAUUGAAUAUUACCAGAAUAUUCUCACGGUGUUGUUCCAUAACGGGAUGACUAACAAUGAACAGGAUUAUGAGGUGUGUUUGCGGGCUGAGAAUGUGGUUUUGCCGAAGAAUGGUUACUUCGGGGUUUCGGCAGCUACAGGGGGGCUCGCCGACGAUCACGACGUCAUUCAUUUCUUGACUAACAGUUUACAUAUACCGGGACAAGUACCAACUGUCAAUGCAGUACCAGGCGAGGAGCAACAAAAACUGACACAGGAGUACCAAGACUACCAAAAGAAACUAGAGCAACAGAAAGCGGAGUACCGGAAGGAACACCCAGAUGAGAAAGAACCAGACAUGGACGAGUGGUUCGAAACCGACAACCAGCGCGAAUUGAGACAGAUUUUCCAAGGCCAAAACAACAUAUUCCAAGUGGUGCGAGAGUUGAACGCCAAAUUGGACGAAAUCGUGGGUCGUCAAGAAAGAACUAUGAGUUUGAUUUCGCAAACGGCCGGUGGGGUGGCGCCACCGGCGGUUCCGGGUCAAGCGCCGCCGCCAAUCGGUGACACGAUCCGGCGCCACGAAGUGGACGCCGUCUUCAACAAUCAAAAGCAAAUUAUUAACAGCCUUGGCGAGAUUCGUCAGUUCGUUUUGGAACUAGUAACCCGCUCUGACACCAUCAUUAACAACCAAGCGAAGCAACCAACAGCGCAAGUACAGUCUGUUGGGUAUGAUACGCAAUCCCUCAUUUCUGAGAUGAGGGACGGCUUGAACCACGUCAAACAAAACGUGGCCCAAGUGGCCCAAAAAAUCGAUCAAAGCCCGUCCGGGUGUCCCAGUGUGAGCUGCGUUUCGGUCACUUCGGUUUUAGUCAUCGCUGUGGUGCAAUUGUUGAUAAUUUUAGGUUACAACAUAUAUAGAGACAACAAGGAAAAUCAAGCUAAAAAAUUUUACUAGAGCGGUUGUGAACGUGUGUGCGAAGUACAGUCCUGACGAGUAGUCAAAAAAAAAUGUUAUUGUCUUCCUUUGUUUCACUAUUUAUUGUACAGUUAAGAACAAGUGAUAAUUAGUUUUUUUAUGUUGCCACUAUCUCUCUCUUGAAAAGACGAUUUGUUAAGUCAAACUCUAGAUUCAAUGUACAUGUAAGAUUGUAUCUACUUUUUUACAUUUUUUAGAUGUUAUUAAUUAAAUAAAUAAAAGGAUAAGAGAUGA